AUGCCCGCACUCGCACCGCGCCAAGCGGCCACACCGACCACCACCACCUCCUCGUCGUCGUCGUCCUCGCAGGCCAACACCGACGGGACUCGCUUCCUCCCCUCGCAGACGGGCUCGCCAGACAGCGAGAACCAGUCGAGCGGGACUACAUUCGACAUAUGGAAGUACAUCGUCGUAAUCGUCCUCGCCUGCUUCGCUCUGACAGUCUUCAUCCGACUCUGCCUCGUCCAGCGACUCCGCCGUAACCGCUUGCUCGCGUUCCAAGCCGCCGAGGACAGACGCCACGCCGAACGGCGAGCGAGGAGGCAGCGCGAGAGGGAGCUGAGGAGGGUCGAGUCGAGGGGGAGCUCGGUGGGCGACAGUGUGUACGAGCGAGAAGAGGACGAGCAGGACGAGGUACCGCCGCCAGCUUACGACCAACCGCCCGCCCUUCCUCCUCCCGCGACUGCGACUGCACCAACUCCACCGUCCCGCCCAACUCCCUUCUCCCGCUUCUCAUCCUUCUUCAAGCGCCACCCACCGCCCGCUCCUCCUCCCACCCUCUCUUCCACUCUCGCUCAUCCAGUCCCGCUCCAACCGCUCUCCUCCCCCGCCGCCGCCGCUGCCGCCCCUCCGCAAGGCUCGAAUCCGAACCACGCGCCCUCACCGAGCACGAUCGCGCAAGUGACCGAGCUCGGGAGGAAUUUGCGCGCUUUCGCCGGAAGCGGGAGCGGGACGGGCCGACGAGCUUCUUCGGACGCGGGAGGAGCGAGCCAAGGGGUAGGAGCGAGUCCGGCAGUCCUCGCGUCUGCCGCUACCGCCUUCGCCCAGUCUCGUCCAGACGACGACGCACAACGAAGAAGGGCUGAGCGUCGAGCGCGUCGGCGAGAGCGCAGGAGAAGGGAACGAGAGCGCGAGGAGGGUCUCGGUUUGCCUGUGUAUUCGAAGGAGGUGGGAGAGGGUGAGGAGGUCCUCCAGCGUGCGGAGGGUGCAAAGGUGGACGAGGAAGAGGGGAGUAGUGCAAGUGAAGGGGAGAGUGAGGACGAGGGCGGGGAGGAGGAGAGGACCAGGCGGAGGGAGUCGGUUGCGAGUGGGACUGGGACGGCUGCGAGGAGGGUCGAAGGUGUGGGUGGAGGAGGAGGAGCGGGGGAGGAUGGUGUGGCGGAGCGCGGACGAGAUCCGCCAGCGUAG